GACCGAACAAACCCGCGAUAUAUUUAUGCGGAAGCCAGCCCUUCUGCGUCUAGUAGCAGUGGAUCACCAACAUCUUCAAACAGGAACCUAGGUAUAUUAACGAUAAUGGAGGAAAAACGAAAUUGGCAAAUCAUAAUAAGAUGUUAUUCUCAGUCCCUAAGAACAGGUCAAGUUUCCUCUUAAAUGACUCCUGGGAAGUCGCUUGGACUAGCUCAGACGGCAACGAAUUCCAGCAUUUGACAAAUCUUAAAGAGUAGAAGUUGUCUACAGUUCGCCCUACUGUGGUGUGCCUCCAGUUUCUGGGUGUUAUCCCCUAGGUUUGUGCUGAUACUAAGCUUAAGUAAAUGUUUAAGGGGUGUUCAGAAAUGUUAAGGAUACAGUAAGCCAUUAGAAAGUCACCUCUAAGACGCCUGUACUAUAAUAGGCAAAGUUUAAGCGAUUAAAGGCGUUCUUCAUUAGGCUUGAAUUUCAAUCCUCGAACUGAUUUCGUGGCUCGCCGUUGGAUACGCUCCAGAGUGUCCUUAUCCUUUUGGAGUGAGGGAGGAAAUACUAUGUUUCCGUACUCUAAAUGGGGACGAAUAAAACUGUUGAAGAUUAUGUGGAAAGUUCUUCUGUCAAGCUGGCCAAAAAUGCGCUUCAAUGUUAUCAGUGCAAGGUUCGCUCGUAAGGCAUUUUUGUCACAGUUAGCGUAAGACUUCAAACAGUAGCAUACCAAGACUCCUAAAUCUUUUUCGACUCGGGAUUUUUCUAAAAAUGAGUCUUCUAAAUUGCAACUGUAGUCUGCAACAUGCUGCAGAUGGACUACGUAGUCCAUCUGCAGCAUGUGUAAAGUACUUUACACUUUAGUGUGUUGAAGGUAAUUCCGUUCUCAUCUUCCCGACUUCGAAGUCAAAUCAGAUCCUCUUGAUGUGCCAGUAUAUCCUCUUAGUUGCGUUUCUCUCAUCAAAGUUUCACGUCAUUGGCAAAAAGUAAUAGGUCUGACGAUACCUGUUGUGGAAGAUCAUUUUUAUAAAUUAAGAAGGGAAAAGGUUUUAUUACUGAGCCCCGGGAGACCCCUUUAGUACAUUACGUAGCCUGAGAGAAUGUGAAAUUAACCUUGACCUUAAAAUGUCUAUUUUUCAGAUAUGAAGUGAACUUUCUGGGUCGUCAAGUUUUAAUUAUUCUUUCUUUCUCUGUUUCACCCCCCAUCACGCUACUCUGCAUGCUCCACUUGUAAACAGAUUGCCUGAUUAGACGCAAACAGCUAACACAGACAAUCGCUUCAGAAAUUUAGUUUCAUCCAUUAAGCACAAAUGUGCCCGGUUAAUGGCAUUAUCAAUGAACCAGUAAUAGUAACAGUCAAAGUUUGUGAUGAGGCUAAAGGAGGUAACCUUUCAUUUUACACUAUGAGAUCGGAACUUCGUUGUCCUAAAAUUAAACUGUAUAGUUGAAAAAGAUUUCAGAUGUGAGCUGGACGUUCUUAUGAUUGAGAUGCCGUACUUCAAAGACUUUUUGAUUAAGGAUGGUCAGUUUAUCAGCGAAGUAGAAAUACUUGUUCACUGUGACCUAAAAAUAUUUGAGUGGCUACUACUUUAUGCUAGAAAACACAUUGAUCCUGAUGCGUAUAAAGAAUGCAUUUUGUCAACUUCGAAUGUCCUUGCACUAUUAGUUUCAUCGAACUUUCUUAAAAUGGAACAUCUGGUAGGUUAAACAGAAAGGUUUGAACAAAUAAUGUAAAGACUUCUGAAUGUUUAGAAUAUUUCUGCAAACAUGCUGGAGAUAUUAUAGCAAGUCCUUUCUCUUUAGAUUGUUUGGGCGAUAGCUUAGUUGAGCGGUAGUAGGAAUAGUAAUUAUUUAAAAUGUAUUCUAGCAUCGCCCUUGGGUUGAAAUUGGAGGAACUGGAUAAGAUCAAGGAUAAGAAAGACAAAAUAAAAAGGUAGUUCCAUUCCCAACUUGGGGCAAAACAUAUCAUUACAGCAAAAUCUUUUUCAAGAAAAUUGAACAUUUGUUUGAUCCUGAGUAUACUACUUCAUACUGUCCUAACAAUGCAGCGUAUCUAUUUCGAUGUCAAAAGUGCGGUAAGGUACUGACGAGAAACAUUUCAAUUAUUGUACCUUGUCUUCCAAAUCGCUUUAUAAUUAGUCGACGUGGCGAUAUGAUACCUGUUCAUGACCCUAUGGAACCAAGUGAAAAAGAAUUAAUUUCGACAGAUGAACCAUCUCAUCAAUGUAUUGAGGCUAGUGAUUAUUCGAAACACUCACAUACACCUACAUCAUCAAUUACAUUCUCGAAUUUACAUUGUCGAUCAGUAGUCACAUCAAAUAUUAAUGGACAAAUAAUCAUGCCAAUUAGUCAAAAACUAACAAGUUUUUCAUGUACAGAACUUUUAAUUCAAUGGUUUAUGGAAUCAGGAAAUUGGCGCGAUGUAUUUUGGAAACUAUGGGCUACAAUAAAUCUUCAAUUAUGCAAACGUUGUGGCCAACAAUUUCCUAUAGUUGAAUUAGGAGAUGGUUGUUUCUAUCAUACGAUGACUCCCGUACCUGUUCAAUCAAGUCAUAUAAUUAAUAAUACUGUUUCAACGAAAAACGAGCUAUCAACUAGUCUAGAUAACUGUCAACUUGAUGAUGAAUGUGAUGAUAUUUCCAGUAAUAAUCGAUUUACAUCUACAUUUAAAAAACCAGAAAAUAUCCAAUUUCAUUGUAUAAAUGCUAAAUCUCAUGAAUUAUUGUCAAAAAAACAUUCACAAUCAAAUAUUACUAAUACUGGCUUAUCAAGGCAUGAUAAACCUGAUUUCAUUUAUCCAUGUUGUGGAUUGGGCUUAUCAAGAUUCAAUUUAUUCCCAACUCAAAAUGGAUGUCACAGAAGUGAACAUAUUUUAAAUGAAGAUAGUUCAGAUCCUGUAACAAAAUUAUGUAUACAACAUCGUGAAAUGAUUAUGUCAUGGGCUACUAAACGAUCAUUCAAUCAAAAUAAUGACAAUAAUUCAUCUGAUUCUGUUAUUAAUGGUGGACAUUCACACAAUCAUAAAAUUGAUUUAAGUCAAAUUAUUUGUAAUAAAGAACUUGUUUACAAAGCUCCAGCAUUUACACUUUUAGCCUGUUUGGAUAAACAACCUGAUAAAUAUGAUAAACCAGAAAUGUCAAAUUUGUUUAAAGCAACAAUUAAUAAUCAACCUGUAGAGCCAGUAUUUGAUAUCAAAUAUGAAGAUCGACUAGUUCAGAUUAAUCAAUCAAAUGAUGUUGAAAAUAUAGUGAAUAGUUUAACACCAAUAAUUAAUUCGAAUGGAUUAUUAUCGUCAACACUGGAUGAACGUGUAUGGGACACGGGAAAAUGUAAUCGAAUUAAUCAAGAUAACCAACGUCAAGAAGAUUUACGUCGAAUGCAAAAACUCACUGAAUUCUUAUGUGCACAACGUCAAAAAACAACCACGUGUUCAGAGAUACCAACUUCUAAAGAAUGUCAGGCUGGAAUUUACACACGUUUAGAUUUACAGUGGCAUUCACAAUCCAGUUUAACACCAUCGAAAUCAACAGUUAACCCGAUUAUUCGAAAAUCUAAAUCUCAGAUCUCUUCACUCCCAUUUCGUUAACUGACUGUAUACCUAUAUGAAGCCAAUGAAUCAAUGUGAAGUUCGCUAUUAUUAUUAUUAUUAUUGGAACUGUUUGUUUUAAUGUGUGUAUAAUAAUAAUCGCUUGUAAAAUAUAACCAACCUAUUUGUUGAG